CAGACAGAAUGGCUCCAGUGAACCAGCCAAAGGGCAAGAAGCAUGAGAGGACGCAUGAGCAUUGGCCAGAAGGGGCAAAAUCAGCUGGGAAGAGGAAACCGGACUACGAGGAGCUAGGGAACGAGCCACAGGCAAAGAAGUUGUUUGUGAGAAAAACAUCCAAACCCCCAGAGAAAAUCGGUUGGAGUGGAGGUGGGUCUGUGGUGAGAAACAAGAGAGUCCAUCAGCUGGAGCGGCAGUGCAGCAUUGUUCAUUAUGUCUACCAGAACAUGCUGGGAGGCUCCAUUCGGGCACAGCUCAGGCAGCGUCUACAGCUGCCCUUUCUGCGUUCUCUCGCCUCAUACCGCCUCUUUCGAACAGCAAGUCCCUUUGACAGGAGAGUGACAUGCCUGGAAUGGCAUCCGACACACCCCAGUACUGUAGCUGUUGGUUCCAAAGGUGGAGAUAUCAUCCUUUGGGACUAUGAAGUACUUACUAAAACCUGCUUCAUAAAAGGGAAGGGGCCAGGAGAUUCUCUUGGAGACAUAAAGUUCAGUCCUUAUGAGGCAGUGAAGCUUUAUGUGGCAUCCGGGGAUGGCACCCUAAGUCUGCACGACCUUGAGGGCAGAGCGGUGCAGGUGAUCUCCUGUGUCCCGGACUGUGGCCACGAGUACCAUAAUGUUUGUUGCUGGUACUGCAGUGUUGAUGUUUCUGCAAGCUGCCGUGCAGUGGUGACAGGUGAUAAUGUGGGCAACGUGGUCCUGCUCAGCACUUCCGGUGAAGAGAUUUGGAAGCUGAAAUUGCACAGGAAGAAAGUCACUCAUGUGGAAUUUAACUCCCGAUGUGAGUGGUUGUUGGCCACAGCAUCUGUGGAUCAGACAGUCAAAAUCUGGGACCUCAGAAACAUCAAAAACAAAACAAAUUGUCUUCAUGUGCUUCCUCAUGGCAAACCUGUCAAUGCAGCUUACUUCAGCCCAACAGAUGGUGCCAAGCUCCUGAGCACAGACCAGCGCAAUGAAAUCAGGGUUUACUCAUCUUCAGACUGGACCAAGCCACAGCAUCUGAUCCCACAUCCACAUCGGCAGUUUCAGCACCUCACACCUAUUAAGGCAACAUGGCAUCCUCGGUAUGACCUCAUUGUAGCAGGUCGCUACCCAGACCCUAAGUUCCCAGGGUACACGGUGAAUGAGCUACGGACUGUUGAUGUAUUCGAUGGAAACACUGGGGAGAUGGUUUGUCAACUCCAUGAUCCAAAUGCUUCUGGUAUCAUCUCGCUCAACAAAUUUAACCCUAUGGGAGACACACUAGCUUCUGGCAUGGGCUUUAUUAUUCUGAUCUGGAGCCGGGCAGAGAUGGUGGCCAAGAAGCAAGAACAUCUUUUGAAAGCCAUGACAGAACAGGGGAUUGGAAGCUGGAGUUUGUCCAGACGCAGAGGGCAGAGGCAGGCAAACCCUGGGACAAGCAAACUCAAAGCUAACUUACUGUCUUGGGAGCAGGAGGAGAUGAGAACAAAAACCAAUUCUAAAUCACAGGGAAGGAAGCGAAAAGGGAAGGAUCUAGAGAACUGAUUUAGUAUUUUGAUCCUUUCUGGAUCACAGGGCACAAAUUAAGUGUUGGCAAUGGGCAGUAUAAGCCGUGCAGGGCAUUAGACUUUUACUUUGUCCUUCCUCCCUGGAUCUGAUCUUGCUUCCCUGAUUCCCUUUGCUUC